AUGAAUCCCGGAAGGUUCUCGGCACUUGGAGCCUACUUGAUUUGCACGAUUGCCGGUACGCCCGUAAGCCAAGAACUCAUUGUUGGCACAGAAGUGGACAUGCCCUCAGAGGCUGCAGUUAUGGACCUUGAAAAAGUUGUGCUGAAGCUGGACAGGUUGAUAUGGAAACUCCUAAAAGUAGGAAAAAGUAGGUCGGAAAGCAGGAAGAAUGAAAUGGAGGCACAUGCUGGGAGAAUGUUUGGAGUUCCUAUUAAGACAGAAAAGCAGUGGAAGAAGCUUGCUGAGAAGAUCAGGAGGAAGGAGAGGGAGAGAGACAUGAAGCACUGGAAACAGCAUUUGAUACACAAUGGAACAUGGCAUCAAUAUUAA